GCCAUUACAUCCGCAUCCACCGCAAAACUUCAUCUCCAACAGCGAGUUAGCGACAGGUGGUUUUCAUGGCAUCUUCGUCACUAUCAGUCGUGUUGCUCCUGUGCCUGGCCGGGGCGGUGUCGGCGCAGCUGUCGUUGACGUACUACGACAAGUCGUGCCCUUCGGCUCUCACCAAAAUUCAGGCCGGCGUGGCGGCCGCCGUGUCUAGCGACCGCCGCAUGGCCGCGUCCCUGCUCCGGCUGCACUUCCAUGACUGCUUUGUCCAGGGCUGUGACGCGUCCGUUCUCCUGAAUGAUACGGGCGCGGAUGGCGUCGCCAACGAGCGGAACGCAUUCGGGAACGUGGGGUCGCUGCUUGGCUUCGACGUCAUCGACCAAAUCAAGAACGAUGUGGAAUCCGCGUGCAAAAAGCCAUACAGCAGCAACAACCCCGUCAUCUCCUGCGCCGACAUCCUCGCCGUCGCCGCCCGGGACUCCGUCGUCGCGUUGGGAGGGCCGACAUGGGAGGUUAAACUGGGGAGGAAGGACUCCACCAACGCCAGCAUGGCUCUGGCCAACCGCGACCUGCCACCGCCUUUCCUGGACGUCGCCGGACUCAACGCCAGCUUCGUCGGCAAGGGGUUCAGCUUCACCGACAUGGUCGCCCUCUCCGGCGCCCACACCAUCGGGAAGGCGCAGUGCCAGAGCUUCAGGAGCAGGCUCUACAACGAGGGCAACAUCAACGCGACCUUCGCGACCAAGCUCAUGGCCAACUGCCCCCAGUCUGGCUCCGGCGGCGACACCAACCUGGCCCCGCUGGACGACGACACGGCGACCCCCCCGAACCCAGACAUGUUCGACAACUCCUACUUCCUCAACCUCCGGGCAGAGAAGGGCCUCCUGCACUCCGACCAGGUGUUGUUCAACGCCACCGUAGCCAGCGGCGCCACCGAGGACAUCGUUAACAACUUCGCUUCUAACCAGGCCGCGUUCUUUAACGCCUUUGCCUCGGCCAUGGUGAAGAUGGCGAACCUCAGCCCGUUGACUGGCACACAGGGUAUGGUCAGGCGCGUCUGCAGCUCCAGGACGAACUAAGAAUCGCCAUUUAAUUUGCACUGACAUGACAUGGCAGCGUGAACCGUCAACCUGCUGCUUUGAUUGAGAUUCGAACUGUAUUUUUUUUCUGUGCAAUUAACCACGUCAUUGUAACCCCUUGUUUUUUUGAAUUUUUUUCCUUUCAGCCCCAUGUGGGGCCUACUUGCUCCAUUAUUUGUAGCAUUUUCAACACACAUUGUAAUUCUUUCUGAAUCACGACAUUCUACUCUAUAUAUAAAUUAUUCUAGAAAUUAUACCUAACAUUUUCUGUA